AUGCGGGUGGGUAAUGGUCAGACGUGUCGGUUUUGGACAGAAAAUUGGUCGCCAUAUGGUUCCUUGGAGACCUUCUUACUUGGAAACUCUCAGUCAAGACUAGGAAUCGCCAGAGAUGCAACUCUUGCAGACCUUAAUUUGGAGGGGAAUUGGAUGCUACCGCCUGCCAGAACUCAAGAGCAACUACAAGUUCAGAUUUAUUUAACAACUGUCCUUCUCACCGAAGACAAUGACUGCUAUGAAUGGUUACUAGAAGAUCAGCCUACUCAGAGGUACAACACAAGUGCUGUCUAUAGUUUCCUUGUCUGGCUCUUCACUCUUAAUAGAUGCCCUACUCGUGACCGCUUGUUAGGAUGGGGACUGCAAACUGACGCGACUUGUCUUCUCUGCAAUUCUGCUGAUGAGUCUAGAGAUCACCUUCUAUUUCAGUGUUCCUACUCUUGGGAUCUUUGGUCUGUAGUUGCAUCAAAAUGUGAGUUACAACCACAGAGACAAUGGGAUGCUACUUUAUUGCAAUUGCAGAAUCUAACUGGAAGUAGGAACAUGAAGCAACUAACGUUAUUGGGAUGUCAAGCGGUGGUCUACUGGAUUUGA